CCCGGAAUGGAGCUGGGGCGGCGGGACUCGCUGGCGCUGCUCACCGACCUCUACCAGUUCACCAUGGCCUACGCCUACUGGCGGGCCGGGCGGCAGCGGGAGCCGGCCGAGUUCGAGCUCUUCUUCCGCCGCUGCCCCUUCCAGGGGGGCUUCGCCCUGAGCGCGGGGCUGGGCGAGUGCCUGGCCUUCCUGCGGGGCUUCCGCCUGCGCGAGCCAGAAAUCGAGUACCUGCAGUCGGUCCUGCCCAGCACCAUGGAGACGGCUUUCUUUGAUUACCUGCGCACCGUGGACGCCUCCGAAAUCACUGUCUCCUCUGCUCCGGAGGGCUCCAUCGUCUUCGCCACGGUUCCGCUACUGCAAGUGAAGGGGCCGCUGCUGGUGGUGCAGCUCCUGGAGACCACGCUGCUGUCUCUGGUCAGCUAUGCCAGCCUUGUGGCCACUAAUGCUGCCCGGUUCCGCAUGCUCGCUGGCCCGAACAAGAAGCUACUGGAGUUGGGGCUGCGACGUGCCCAGGGCCCGGAUGGAGGCCUUUCUGCAUCCAAGUACUCCUACAUAGGGGGCUUUGAUUGGACCAGCAACGUGCUGGCAGGGAAGCUGUAUGGGAUUCCGGUGCGGGGAACCGUGGCCCAUUCCUACAUCAUGUCCUUCACGUCGCUGGCGGAGGUGCAGCCCCAGACCCUGAAGCCCCUGGAUGGAGAUGAGCCGGUGGAUUUCCUGCCAAUUGCUGAGUCAUGGCUGAGGCAGGUGUGCCAGACCCUGCAGGUCCCCUAUGACAGAGUGAACCAUGGGGAGCUGGCUGCCUUCGUGUCGUACGCCAUCGCCUUCCCCCACAACUUCUAUGGUCUGGUGGACACUUACUCUGUCAUGGGGAGUGGUGUCCCAAACUUCUGUGCCGUGGCCCUGGCGUUGAACCAGCUGGGAUACCGUGCAGUAGGAAUUCGCGUGGACAGUGGAGACCUCGGCAAGCAGGCGAGGGAGAUUCGGCAGGUGCUCCGGACGUGCAGUGCCAACUUCCAGGUUCCCUGGUUUGCAACAAUCCCCAUUGCUGUGAGCAAUGAUGUCAGUGAAAGGAGCCUGGAGGAGUUAAUGCAGGAGGGGAAUGAAAUUGACGUGAUCGGAAUUGGGACCAACGUGGUGACGUGCCCACUGCAGCCCUCCCUGGGCUGUGUUUACAAGCUGGUGAAGGUGAAUGGCUGCUCCAAGCUGAAGCUGACUGAAGACGAAGAGAAGAUGACCAUCCCGGGGAGCAAGGUGGUGUACAGGCUCUAUGCUGCCACUGGUCUUGCCUUUAUGGAUCUGAUGGCAUUGGAGGAGGAGCCCCCACCCAGGGCGGGGCAGGAGGUGGCUGUCCGCCUGCUAGGGAGGAGUGAAGUGGCCAGGAGUGUGACUCCCACGGCAGUGGAGAUCCUGCACCGCAUUUACUUUAAAGAUGGACAGCAGGUUUGCCAGGCUCUUCCCAGCCUGCUGGAAAUCAAGAUCCACACACAAGCCUCUUUGAGCAUGCUCAACCCUGCGCACAAGAGAGUCCAGGACCCAGAGCCUUACCAGGUUGCUGUGACUGAGAAGCUGCACUUUCUCCUCAGUGACCUGCGUCGAUCCAGCCGGGUUAACAAACAGGGAACCAAAAACACCUGACCAGAGGACCAAUCAGGAAACAAGAUACUUUCAAAUCUCGGUGGAGGGAAGCCUUUGUUUGUGUUUUUUGGGGGGUUUGCUUUGUUCUCUCUGUGUCCUGGAAGGGACUAGACGUGCAACCAUGUUUCUUGCCAAUCUCCCUGCUACAGUCUCUUAUACGUUCCGAAUAGUGAGUAUUAAGUAGGAAAGGCGGUUAUAGUCUUUUGAUUGUUUUCUGUAUUUGCAAAUGUGUAUUUUGCUGGAAGUAUUUUAAAUUGUAUAUUGCUGGGGGGAGGCUUCUUUCUAGUGUCUAUAAGCUGUAAGACCCUGUAACUUUUACCAUCUAAAUUACAGAGACAACUUUUUACUUUUUUGUCUUUCUUUUUAUUAAAAGUUUUGCUUUUUAAGACCUGUUUGAUUUUUUCCCCUUGUUGAGGCUCAAGGGAAUUGAGUCUGUACUUACAGGGAACUGGUAAGAGAAGGAAGGGAGGGAACGCCUGGAGGGGAAGAGAAGGGGGGGGAAACAAACCUGAUUUCUCUGUGUUGUGAUUCAAACCCCAAACCAGAUGGGGAAAUACACUUUUGUGUGGACUACCAUAAGCUAAAUGUGGUAACUCGUCCAGACAACUAUCCAAUGCCACGCACCGAUGAGCUAUUGAAGAAGUUGGGACGUGCCCAGUUCAUAUCUACAAUAGACUUAACCAAGGGGUACUGGCAAGUACCGCUAGAUGAACCUGCCAAGGAAAGGUCAGCAUUCGUCACCCAUGUGGGGGUGUAUGAAUUUAAUGUGCUUCCUUUCGGACUGCGAAAUGCACCCGCCACCUUCCAGAGGCUGGUAGAUGGUCUACUAGCAGAAUUGGGAAAAUCUGCAGUUGCCUACCUCGAUGAUGUGGCCAUUUUUUCAGACUCCUGGCCCGAACACCUGGAAAAGGUCUUUGAGCGCAUCAGGCAGGCAGGACUAACUGUUAAGGCCAAAAAGUGUCAAAUAGGCCAAAACAGAGUGACUUACCUGGGGCACCAGGUGUGUCGAGGAACCAAAAACCCCCUACAGGCCAAGGUGGAUGCUAUCCAAAAGUGGCCUGUCCCAAAGUCAAAGAAACAGGUCCAAUCCUUCUUAGGCUUGGCCGGGUAUUACAGGCGAUUUGUACCACACUACAGCCAAAUUGCUGCCCCACUGACCGACCUAACCAAAAAGACCCAGCCGAAUGCAGUUAAGUGGACUGAUGAAUGUCAGAAGGCCUUUACCCAGCUUAAGGCGACGCUCAUGUCUGACCCUGUGCUAAGGGCCCCGGACUUUGACAAACCAUUCCUAGUAACCACAGAUGCAUCUGAGCGUGGUAUAGGAGCAGUUCUCAUGCAGGAAGCAACGGAUCACAACUUCCAUCCUGUCGUGUUUCUCAGCAAGAAACUGUCUGAGAGGGAAAGCCACUGGUCAGUCAAUGAAAAGGAAUGCUAUGCCAUUGUGUACGCCCUGGAAAAGCUACGCCCAUACGUUUGGGGACGGCGGUUCCAGCUACAAACCGACCAUGCUGCACUAAAGUGGCUUCAUACUGCCAAGGGGAACAACAAAAAACUGCUUCAAUGAAGUUUAGCUCUCCAAAAUUUUGAUUUUGAAAUUCAGCAUAUUCAGGAGCUUCUAACAAAGUAGCUAAUGCACUCUCCCGUGAGAGUUUCCCAGAAUCCACUGGUUAAAAAUUGUCCUUAGAAUGUAAAAGGUCUUGUAGCUUACAUGCUUAGUAGUAUAUGUAAAGGUGCAUGUGUUGUAUUAAUCUGUUUAUUCUAAAGUUCUAGGAAGAAAUCAGCGCCAGUGAGGUUCCCCACUGUCUGCGAUUUGGGGGGCGUGUCAUAAACAGAUAGUUAAGGGUUAAUAUCUCUUUUACCUGUAAAGAGUUAACAAACAGUGAACCUGAAACACCUGACCAGAGGACCAAUCAGGAGACAAGAUACUUUCAAAUCUCGGUGGAGGGAAGCCUUUGUUUGUGUUUUUUGGGUUUUGCUUUGUUCUCUCCAGGUCCUGAAAGGGACCAGACAUGCAACCAGGUUUCUUGCCAAUCUCCUUGCUACAGUCUCUUAUAUAUAUUCAGAAUAGUGAGUAUUAAGUAGAAAAGGCGGUUAUAGUCUUUUGAUUGUUUUCUGUAUUUGCAAAUGUGUAUUUUGCUGGACGGAUUUUGAUUGGUAUUUGUGCUGGGGGGGAGACUUCUUUCUAGUGUUUAUAAGCUGAAAGACCCUGUAAUAUUCCAUCUUGAUUUUACAGAGAUUUCUUACUUUUUGCUUUAUUUUAUUAAAAGCUUUUUCUUUUUAAAA